UUGAUGCCAUCGUUAGCUUUGGAAGACGCAUGUAGGCUGGCUUGCCAAACGGAAGAAUAGAAAAAUGGGACAAAAGUCAAAGAGGAAAAUAGUUGGAAAGUGAAUUAAAUCGAUAAAGAAGAGAGUAGAGGAAUGAAGUGUUGAUGUGGUGUGGCAGAGAUGAGAUCCAUGGGAAGAUACGGUGUCCAGCAGCUAAGGAGACCUGUCGCAAAUGUAAGAGGCGGGGACAUUUUGCAAGGUGUUGUAAAGACAAGAGAAUCAACCAUAUGGAGGGAGAAAAUGAAGAAUUUCUACUAGAUGUUGGGGUAGUUUCUGAAAAUUAUAAUGUAAAUUAUGUAAUUAAAAUGUAAAUUAUUUCCAUGCUCAGAAGUUAUUAGGGGUCCAGAUGGUAUACCUUUGGACAUAUUAGGAUCUAUG